AUGUAAGGAGUCGAUACUGAUUCAACUGUGAAGAACCUUAUUUAUGGCUUCAAGGGUGCAAGCUUCUGUGCUAAAGAGAGAGGAGACUUUGUUUUAUGUAGAGCCACACCAGCUGGCAGACUUGGAGACCCUGAACUUUGCGAAGGUAAAGUCGCAAACUUUCUACAAUGCUAUCAUGAUAUGGUUAAACACACAAGUGCAUCUUGCUAAAACUAAUACAAAGGAGCUUAUGAUUGCUUAAAGAGUAACUUUGAUGUUAAGGAUACCUCAAAGAUGGUAUCAUGCAAAGAAUUAGUUGAUGACUUCGCUUCAUGCAAAUGA